AUGUUCUUCAAUAGAGAUCUCUUCCCUGGCAAAGUAGAAGUUGCUAUAAUUGGCCUUUCUCCUGGGGCAGGGACAGGCAGCAGACCUUCCCGCAAAAGGUGUGCCCAGGUGGAGGACCUCCUGCAGUGGGCGGCUGAGCUGCCGGAGGCAUGCCCAAGAUGUAUGCAGUGUGAUACAAAAUUUGACUUCAUAACUAGAAAGCAUCACUGCCGAAGAUGUGGAAAGUGCUUCUGUGACAAGUGCUGCAGUAAAAAAGUGCCUCUGCCUCGCAUGUGCUUUGUGGACCCUGUGCGCCAGUGUGCUGAAUGUGCCCUCAUCUCUCAGAAAGAAACAGAGUUUUAUGACAAACAGCUUAAAGUACUCAUGAAUGGUGCUACAUUCUUUGUAACUCUGGGAACAUCUGAUAAAUCUGAGCUCAUGGUUUGUCGACUUUCCAACAAUCAGAGAUAUCUGGUUUUGGAUGGAGACAGCCACUAUGAAAUUGAAAUUAUACAGAUUUCAACUGUUCAGAUUCUUACAGAGGGAUUUACUCCUGGAGAAAAAGAUACUCACACUUAUACCAGCCUUCUGGAGAGCCAGCAUAUUACUGAAGGAGGUAAUACUCGUGCCAUAGGUAUGAUUCUGCAGUAUAAGGUACCAGGAUCAGAGGAGCUAAGGCAGAUGAAAUUUACAGCCAGUGAAGACUUCAGCUGUAACAAGAAGCUGUCGGCAAGCUGGCUGGCAGCUAUGCAUAAGGCAACAAAACUUCUUUAUGAGUCCCGGGACCAGUAACAACAGCAAACUCUUGGCCACUUGAGGGAAGAUACCAGCCUCCAUGCCAUGGACCUGCCUCUCACUUUUUCCUAAUUUGACCGCUGGUAACACUUGCUGUUCUUGCCCCUUUCUCAUUCCAGUGUGGUUCAUGAUGUAAGAACUGGCAAAUGCAACGUGAGUUAUUUGUUUUGAACCAUGAGUAUUUACUAUAGUGUGCAAUAUGUAUACAAUUAAUGCUUUAAACAGCCUCACCUUUUAAGACUUUGUAUAUUUUGUUAAGCCUUUAUUGGCACUUAAUAUGAAAGUGACCUGCACUACAGCUAAUGUACAGCACAACUUUUAUAGUAACAAUUAUAUAUACUGUUUGCUACAACAAGCAAACAAAUGCCUAUGUCUCUUCUGCAGAGAAUAGCUUUUGGGUAUAGAUCUCAGGUUUUUCCCUCUAUCCAAAUGUUUAAAAUCAAUGUACAAUAAAAUCUGCCUUAGAUAUGAUUUUAUAGAAAUCAUGUGGGGUUUUUUUAAACAUUUCAGUUUAAACAUCUAAAUAUUUCACCAAAUACCACAAAACUGGACUUACAUGAACAUGAUGUUGAAACUUAACUUCUGUAAUAAAUAAGCUUCCAGAAUAAUUUUUAGUUUUGUAUUUUUUUUUGGUAACUAGCUUUUGUUAAUCUAACUGUAAUGCUAUCUGAAAUUGUAUACAAUUUAAUGUACAAACAUGAAUAAAUUAAUUCACUUAUUU